GCCAUUUUCCGUCAACCUCAAUCAAGUUAGCUUCUGUCAGUCGCUGUGUUUGUGUGUUGUGAUAUGAAAAAUUAUUUGUACCGAUGAAUCUCAAUGGGAAAUCGUGCUAAUUACAACGCCAAAAGAUGGCUCGGUUAUUGUGUUUGUGGUUUUAAUGCGACGUUCUAUCAGUGAUGAUGGUCGAGUGAUUGAUAAAGUGAAGUGUUUUGUGUCGUAUGCUGGGCUGCCGCAGCAACAUUGAGCUCCUUUCUUUGGAUAAAUCGUCCCCAAGACGACGUCGGAUAAAAGGACUGGAAGGUGACGCACCAUGUCGGCGAAAAACAUUCCAGGAGACAAGAUCAACCUGCGAUUAAUCCUCGUGUCUGGCAAAACAAAGGAGUUCGUGUUUAGCCCGGUGGACUCAGCCGGCGACAUAGCAGUUCACGUUUACGACAACUGGCCCGAAGCGGAUUGGGCGACGGAGUGCGUCUCCCGUGCUGAGAUCCUGCGGCUCAUAUACCAGGGCCGCUUCCUGCACAGCUCGGUGACCCUCGGCGCGCUCGGCCUGCCGCUCGGACGUACGACCGUCAUGCACCUCGUGCCGCGCGAACAUCUGCCCGAGCCAAACUCACACGAUCAACGACAAAAGAGUAAAGGUGGCUCUAGCAGUUGUUGUUCGGCAUCGUGCUGCAUAUUGUAAUGCGUGGUGCGAGCGAGACGGCGGGAGCGCGGGCGGCGGGUGCGAGCGGGACGGGUGUAUCGCGGCCGGCCGGACUAUGUGUUCACACUCAGUGAUGUAGAGUCAGGAUUCCAUUCGCCCUAAUUAAUCUAGUGUAACGUAACCUCUAUGAUGACUUGUGAUGUUUUUAAAAGACUCGCUUCUAUUCGAUAAGAUUGUAACACUUAGAUCACUAUUAUCA